AUGGCAAAAGAGUUCGUCGUCGGAGAUGAUAGCGGCUGGAGAACGGAUUUUGAUUACCAAAAGUGGGCUAAAGGCAAAGUAUUUCGAGUUGGUGAUACAUUGGUGUUCAAGUACAAGGCUCCUAAUCACAACGUGUUCAAGGUGGACGGAGCUGGGUUCAAGGAAUGCACUAAACCAACGGAAAAUGAUAAAGCACCACUUACCUCUGGGAAUGACAAAAUAAAGCUAACGACUGCUGGAAACAAAUGGUACAUUUGUUCAGUUAGCAACCACUGUGCUGAUAAGGGGAUGAAGCUUUUCAUUACCGUUGCAGACGAAUCAUCUGCUGCUCGUAGCCUCAUAUGGUCUGGAUCGUACCAAGUCUUCAUCGCCACUGUCAUUGCAAUCGUGGCAAUUGUAGUCUGA